AGGGGGCGAUCCUGGUCUGUCCAGUCGCUCUCACCCUCGGGCCAUGACUGGACAGUGACUGGGAUGUGGUGGGGAGAGGCGGCAGGAACAGGAAGUAAAGAGGGCUGGGAGGUGGAACUGCGUUAUUUUGGGCAGGGCAGAACCGAGAGCCCCUCCGCUGUGCCAUGCACUUGCAUACUAGGCGAGAAAGGCAAGCCGGUCCUAAGGGUUGCAAGCACCUACUACGUGCCUGACGCUGGAAUUCAGACAAAACCCCUGUCCUGGAACUGGCAACAUGACCAGGUGCAGAAACAGCGGCCUGGAGAGGCUAAGGGCUUGCCGGGGGCCACCCAGGCUGGAUACUGCAGAGCUGAUGUUUGAGCCCAGAGAAGAGUGAGCCAAGCAAGACCAGAGCCGAGCAGAGGGCAGGGAGGUGAGAGGUCCGGCCGCCAUGAAGCUGAACGAGCGCAGCCUGGCCUUCUACGCCACCGCGGCCUACCACCGCCGCUGGUUCGUGCUGCGUGGCAACAUGCUCUUCUACUUCGAGGACCCGGCCAGCCGUGAGCCUGUGGGCGUCAUCAUCCUGGAGGGCUGCACGGUGGAGCUGGUGGAGGCGGCCGAGGAGUUUGCCUUUGCCAUCCGCUUCGCCGGCGCCCGGGCGCGCACUUACGUGCUGGCAGCUGAGAGCCAGGCCGCCAUGGAGGGCUGGGUGAAGGCCCUGUCGCGGGCCAGCUUCGACUACCUGCGGCUGGUGGUGCGUGAGCUGGAGCAGCAGCUGGCUGCUAUGCGUGCUGGCGCGGGUGCGGGUGCGGGUCCUGGCCCCGGUUCAGGCCCAAGCCCAGGCCCGGGCCCGGUUCUGGCCCGCAGGCCCACCAAGGAGAACGGCUGCGCGGGCUGGAGCACCGAGGCAAAACCCCCGCCCCCUCCCCGCCGCCGGGCCUCGGCACCCGGAGGGCCUCUGGACUCUGCGCCCUUCGCGCGGCUGCACGAGUGGUACGGGCAGGAGAUCAGGGCACUACGCAGCCAGUGGAGCAGCAGCCGCGCCCAGCCCUGAGGUCACCGAGGCCCUGCCCUGGAGAGACUGGGCCAGGCCUGGCCUGCUGGCCCUGCAAGGCCUGGUUUCAGAGGACUUGGGCUCUGAGACUUCAGGACUCUGUGACUCAGAGAAGGACUGACCUUGAGGGGACUGUCUCACCUGGUUCUAAGGAGACCCUGGGGCCACGUGAGCCUCUGGAGCCAGAGGGGCUGGUUUCCAGAGAACUUGAGCCCCAGGCCUGC